AUGAACAGCAUUGAAAGGAAACAACAUGUGCUAUGCUACAAAAUCGCCUUUUUGGUUUUGGGAAUUGGAAUCAUAUUCCACUUGAUAUUGUACAAUUCGAUCUCUGACAUUUAUUGCAACGAAUCUCCGAUUGCCUCAAGCAUUUCCACUAUCCCAAGGUGGAAUAUACCUGCACCCUCCACCCGUGUUGUGAUUUUCUUAGUGGAUUGCCUUAGGGCUGAACAGCUUUUCUCAUUUACAGGAGAAAAUGGAACCUUUUUGGCACCUUUUAUAGCGGAGCAGUCGCUUCGGGAAGGCACGUGGGGGCUCGUAUCCAGGCCUAUGAACAAGUUUGAUGACACGAACACCAUGUUUACGGGCAUUCAACCCACUGGAGAAAUAAAGGGCACCAUUCCGGUGGAUUCUGUAUUCAAUCAAAGUUCCAGACUUUUCGAGAACAUUGCGUAUUUGGACACGCAACUUCGGAAAGUUACGCUGAAAUUUGCCAAACUAUUUGCAAAUGAUAAUCGAUCAACGUUCAUACUCACCUCUGCUGGAAAUGGGGCCUAUAAAGCGUCAGAUGACCCUCAAAUCCCAUUUGUUGCAUGGGGAGAUGGAAUUAACAAACCAGUUCUUCUUCCUAAUCUAUCUGCUACCGGUAGUAACAAGGGCAUGGAUGUGUUGCUCAAGUCUGUUCAAAAGCAAGAUAUUGACCAGGUUGAUGUUGCCUCUUUAGUCUCCUUUCUGUUGGGCAUACCGAUUCCAGUAAAUUCAAUCGGCCGUCUUCCAGUAAAAUUUAUCAACUUCAAGAAGCCAGCAGAUAAGUUGCAGGCCCUUUUCAUUAAUGCCAAGCAGUUGUUUAAUCAAUUUUCACAAUUGGAGCAAAUUGUGUCUGCGAAUCAUGUCUUUUUCAAACCAUAUUCCUUUUCGGCAAUCAAUGGAUCAAAAAUCGCAAAUAUCUCCGAAUUUUGUGGAAAAAGCGUCUAUGAUUCAUUAAAUGGCCAGGAUGAGUUUACGGAGGAUGAGAUGCAAUCUUUAUUUGCACAGCUUCUUGACGGCUUAAAAUAUUUGUACACUUACGAAUGGCAGCACUUGAGGAUUGUGAUUUUCCUUGGAUAUUUGGGAUGGAUUUUCUUUUCUCUGAUACACAUUAUGUGGCUUUCAAGCACCUAUUCCAAUGAAAAGACACGACUCGAGCACCCUUCAUAUAGAAACUGUGCAAAGCCUUUGAUGGCUUGCAUGGGAAUCACCAUCAUUUAUUUCCUAUUGAAGCGUUUCCCGGUCUCGUAUUACUUUUAUUACUUUUUUGCACUUGGAUUUUGGAUUUUUAACUUUUCAAAUUACAAAUAUGCCAUGGCAUCGAUUUCUCCAUUUGUUAAUUACGACAACAUGCUUAAGCUGUUUUUAGUUUUGCUCUUUCAAUUGGGAAUUGUACUGGCAUAUUAUGAGCGAUGGGUUCUUUCCGUCAUGUUGGUUGGAUUGACGUUUUUAUACUCGAAUCCGUUUUAUUUCAUGCAAAUAGAUCCAAUAUACCACACGCCUUCCGAUUUUGACGCCAAAUAUCUUAUCAAUCGGUCAAAUAUUUCAAGCAAGCGCAUCAGGCUGAUUUUUCUUUCCAAGUUUUGGAUUGUAUGCUCAAUUCUAUUUUCGAUCUUCCCGAUCUUACAGGUUGAUGCCCAAAUCAACUUUUUCUUGUAUUAUUCGGGAUUAUUAUCGGUGCUUAUUAUUUCUGUCUGUCUUAUUUUGUACAUAUCUUCCAGAAACAGAUCGAUUGCUUGGAGCAGAUAUGCAAAUCGGUUUUUCCUUUUUAUGGUAUGUUUAUUAAAAGCUUUAUGGUGUAAGAUUGGGCUUGUCAUGUGCGUGGGCUGGCUAGUGAAGUCAGAUAAUGACCAGUAUGCCAGCCAUGGCUGGUAUCCAAGCGGCGGCACAUACUUUGACGUUGACAAAUAUUUUACCAUGCCCAAACUGACGGGGAUCAAUCGAUUUUUAGGCUGGGCUCUUUUCAGUACUCAAUUUCAAUUUAAUGGCUGUAUUUUAGCGGCGACGCUGUUUUUGUGGAUCUUUAUCGAAGGAGUAAUACGCAGCUUGGAGGACAUGCAAAGCACAUCGCCCUCAGAGGUUCUCGGAUGGAAUGACCUUCGACUGGCAUGCAUGUACAUAUUUUUUCAGCACCUCGCCAUUUUCGGCGUCGAUAGCAUUUCCAAUCUAUCCUCGUUUUCACUUCCUGCCUCUUAUCGCCUCGCCACGGGUAGCGAUUCGUUAUUUGUGACAAGAUUUCUUUUCCUCGUCAAGGAAGCUAUUCCUGUGAUCUUGGUAUCGAUUGCACUUAUUGCAUUGGAACGCGCUACCAAGCGACGCUCGUUUCUGAUUUUAAUAGUUUCAGGAAUGGUGACCGACUUUGUCAAUAUGGUCUUCUUUUUCAUGGCCAUGAGUGCAGACUCUUGGCUUACUCCCGUCGCAGGAAUAUACCGCCACUCAUUCAGCGUUGGAUCGGCCAUUGUCUCUGUGUUUUUCUAUUUGCUUUUUUGGCUCCUCUAUGAAGAGUCCGAGAUUGUGAAAGGCUCUACCGCUUCAAUCAUAGAUAAUGGCCGGCUCAGAAGGGAAAAAUAUCAGAUGCCCUCUGAAGAGUUUGAAUUCUAG